AAAUACGAGGCGUGUUUCUGUAGGCUAUAAACAUCUUCCUGAUAUCUACGGGAAACAAUGCCCUGUCCCUUGUACAGAAAUUUCAUGCUUUGAAACUCAGAUGAUGCAACAAUAGUUGUAAUUCUCUACGCCAUUUCCAGGUGGUCGGAAUGACAAGUGAAGACUGCGCUUUCUUCACAACUAUUUGGAUGGAAGCUGGUUACGCGUUAGUUUAAGUUUCAGAGGAAUACUGGGUUAAGUCCAGUGACUGCCGACUUAAGGCUCAUCACCCAUAGGUGCGUACCGCCGGCAGACUUACACCCCAGGUGAUCACCGGGAGGACCUUGGCGUAGGAACCACUCAGGACGAAUUACUGCCAGUUGUGACAGCUUUCACUUCGAAACAGAUGUCCAGCAGCGACCGGAAACACGAAAUUACGUCUGCUGUGACAGUCACCCAAUGUGAACUGAGAAUAAUAUUAAAAGUAAUAAGAAACACUGAAGCAUAUGAUAACCGACGAAGAGGCAACAAAUGAACGUUGACCAACAACGGUAAUCAUUUGUAAACUGUAAAUUAUUAUCAUAGGCUGUACGUUAAAAUGAAAACCAACAAAGUUUUUGUAACAAUGAAUCCACAAAAUGGCACUGUUAGCGUCAAUUAUCAUUCGUUCGUCUUAGCUUUGUCACUUUCUGUUUACAGUAGUCACAUUAUUUAUUAAAAUUAACUCGCUGAUGACCAAUCGCAGAUCGUGAUAUAAAAGGAUAACAUUAAGAUGCAUAAUGAUAUAGGAACGGAGGGGGUGGAUUGGAUUCUUCUGGCUCAGUAUAGGGAUCAAUGGAGGGAUCUUGUAAACAGGGUAAUGGACCGUCGGGUUUCAUAAAAGACUGUGAAUUGACUAGCUGAGCAAUAAUUAGUUUCUCAAGGACUGUUCUAUGGGGUCAGUAGACUCGUGAUACACUGGACACAUCUAAGACGUGUCUUCAUUGCGUCAUUCUGAAACAAAGUGGAACACGCUCAACCGCCUGUGACGUCUUCAUUGUUCGUCAGUUACCCUGUCCCCUGUGAACCAAGGACUUUCACGUGCGAGCUGCCAUCUAGUCGGGCGCUCAGUGCACAGCCGACCGUAGACAAGUGAACAGCAGCUCGCGAUCCCUGCUGUAACAAUUAUGAGGACGUAAACAGACUGCUUUGUCUUGUGGAUGUAAGGCUUAUGGAGCUGGAGGUGGGUUAAGGUGGCUGGGUGCAACAUGUGGACGGGCUUGCAAGAAGAAAUUUCCGUUCUCCGAACGUCUUCAUGGUAACAAAUGAGGCCUGCAGCCGUGUUUCUACUAGCGACAAUGGCGCUGGCAGAGGGCAAUGUCUCGGCAGAACCCUUCCAGCUGGCCAAGCUCGUCUUCACGUUGUCUCGACCCGGUGCCUUCAACAAGGUGAGGAGAUGCUGUGUCCGUAUGAAGACCCCUGUUCUUCGCUAAUAAUCGCCAACUUUUCAAAAUUACAGACGCACUCUGUGUUCGGCGGGGAGUUCGAUGCGCCACCGGACGUGACGUCAUGUCCACUUAGCAAAGAGGGACUAGCCUGCCGGCAAGCCGAGGCGAGGCGAAUCAUCGACAAUUGUCCAGGAGGGGACUGUGAAGGCUGCGACUCCUGUGAUGAAAAUCGGGCAAGGACAUGGCCCCACUGCUGCCAAUAUAAGAGUCUGUGCUGCUCGGAACUGGCAAAAGCAUGUCAGAUAUGCAAGGUGACGUCACUGCAGACGUUCUGCAAGAAAUACUUCAAGAGGUGCUUCUGAGCUCGAAGUGAGUGACAAUCAUCUCUGGACAUGUCAAGUGUAAACGCGUUAUUUUGUAGGACAGCCACAGGGCAAACAAUUUAAAAUGCGAGCCGUGGUUCAAAAAUUAAAUCAUAAGCAGACCGAG